CUCCAUCCCAAAUCACAACUCGCAGCUCACCACCGUCGUCUCCUCUGCUAAGCAUUCGCUCGCCACCGCCCACCGUCUCCUCUCCGAAUCUUCUCCGGCAAGUCUUUCACCGUCGACAACAACCAGAUGGCUCGCUUCGCCGCGGUCGCCGCCCUCCUCGCCCUCCUCGCCGUCGCCGCCGCCGCGCAGGGCCCCAUGCUGGCGCCCAGGACGGCCCCUCUUCCAGCGCCACCGGCGAGGUCCCCAGCCACCGCCCCUGCGCCGGUCGCCACCCCGCCCACCGCCGCGUCGCCGUCCCCGAUGGCAUCUCCCCCUGCCCCGACCACCGACGCUCCCUCCGCGAUGACGCCGUCCGCGGUCUCUGCCACACCCGCUGGAGCCCCCGUCGGCGCCCCCACCGGCACCCCCGCGAGCUCCGCCGUGUACUCAUCCGCCGCCAGCUUCGUCGCGGUCGCCGGAGCGGUGGCCGCCGCCAUCGUGUUCUAGAUGCAGCGACGACUCUUCUCGCUGCUGUCUAUACAGUUUCAUUGUUUCUGAGAUUUUUUUGGUUAUAGGCGGAGGAAAUAUUACACACGACAUUGCGAUGUAAUCUUGUAACGAGAUUAUUAUGAAUAUAUAAUUCUUUCAUUUGUUACGUUA